AGAUUCCCUCUCUCUAAAAAUUCAUGGAUUUUAGGUCAUUGUUCUGGUUUCUUGAUUUUAUUAGCAGAUGAUGAUGAAGCACGUGUAUUCACAGCAGCUUCUAAUUCUCUAAUUAUAUAUAAAAAAAACUAAUACUAUAUUCAAUCUCACUCUCUCUCUCUCUUUCUCUAUCAAUUAAUUCAUCUCUUUUUCUUUCCCUCUCCUUAUAAAAGCUUUACCCUCUCCAUAUCUUAUUCUUUCUUCUUCUUCCUCUAGGUUUGUGAUGUUUCAACCAAACUCAAGAAUCAAGAUUUCAAGAACCAGCUCUCUUGUUUCUUGAAAUUCAUUUCUUGAUUUGUCACUGAAUCUUGAAAUUCAGUUCUUGAUUUUAUUACUGUUUGUUCAACUUCAGUUCUUGAUUUAUAACUGUUUCUUGAACUUCAGUUCUUGAUUUUGUUUGAUAGUUUCGGUUCUUGAUUUUGUUUGAUAGUUUCAGUUCUUGAUUUCUUUGAUAGUUUCAGUUCUUGAUUUUCUUUGAUAGUUUCAGUUCAUGAUUUCUGAUUUUUCACUUCCAACAUAUUAGCUUUGUUUUUUCUUUGAUGGGUUGAUCCAAACAUCUACACUUAUUAAGAGAGUACAAGAAAAAAAGUUCUGCAAAUUUAGAAAAACCAAAUCAUUCUGAUGGCGACCUACUUUCAUGGCAACCCGGAAAUCCAAGCAGCGGCAGCUUCAGCAGAAGGUUUACAGACACUUUUACUAAUGAACCCUACUUAUGUCCAAUACUCCGACACACCGCCACCGCAACAAGCUUCUAACAACCUUAUUUUCCUCAACUCCGCCGCCAACCACCUCUCUCCGUCGCCCAACACUCAACAGUUCGUCGGCAUACCUUUAGACCCGAACACACAUGAUCAUACUUCAAAUUUUCAUGGACUCAUACCGCGAAUUCAUUACAAUCUUUACAACCCAAUUGACCCUGCUUCAGCUGCGCGUGAAACUCCACGCGCUCAGCAAGGUCUGUCUUUGAGUCUCUCUUCUCAGCAGCAGCCUGGAUAUGGGUCGCAGGCUCAAGCAGUUUCCGGUGAAGAUAUGAGGGUGUCCGGCGGGUCGGUUUCUUCUGGUUCGGGUGUGACAAAUGGGGUGUCGGGUAUUCAAGGAGUGUUGCUGAGCUCUAAGUACUUGAAGGCAGCUCAAGAAUUGCUUGAUGAAGUUGUUAAUGUUAAUAAUAAUGGGAUUAAGAAUGAAUUAUCCAAGAAAGGUAAUAAUAGUAGUAACAAUAGCAACAAGGCUGUUGGUGAGUCAUCAGGUGGUGAUGGAUCAGCCGGCGGCGGAGGAGAUAACUCCGCCGGAGGCAAAAGAGGAGCUGAGCUUUCGACCGCCGACAGGCAAGAAAUUCAGAUGAAGAAGGCUAAGCUUAUUAACAUGCUUGAUGAGGUGGAGCAAAGGUACAGGCAGUAUCACCAUCAGAUGCAGAUAGUGAUAUCUUCAUUUGAGCAAGCAGCAGGAAUUGGUUCUGCAAAGACAUACACUGCUCUUGCACUUCAAACAAUCUCAAAGCAAUUCAGGUGCUUAAAAGAUGCAAUAACUGGCCAAAUUAAAGCUGCAAACAAGAGUUUAGGUGAAGAUGACUGUCUUGGAGGAGGUAAGCUCGAAGGUUCGAGGCUUAAAUUCGUCGAUCAUCAUCUCCGUCAGCAACGAGCACUUCAACAAUUGGGAAUGAUCCAGCAUAAUGCUUGGAGACCCCAACGAGGUUUGCCUGAACGAUCUGUUUCUGUUCUUCGAGCCUGGCUCUUCGAACACUUUCUUCACCCCUAUCCCAAAGAUUCUGAUAAGCAUUUGCUUGCCAAACAGACAGGGCUUACUAGAAGCCAGGUUUCGAACUGGUUCAUCAAUGCUCGAGUUCGACUAUGGAAGCCGAUGGUCGAAGAAAUGUAUUUGGAAGAAAUUAAGGAGCAAGAAAGGAGUGGAUCGGAUGAUAAAACAAGCAAGAAUGAGCAGAAGGAAAAUUCUGCUUCCAAAUCAGUUAUGCAAGAGAAAAGUUCAGCUAAUGAGAUUCAAACUAAGAGUUUCAAGUCUUUUGACAGUUCCCCAAAUCAGAAUCCUUCUGCAAUUUCAAUGUCUACAGCUAAUUCGACAUCUCCCGUCGGAGGAAACCUGCGGAACCAAUCCGGAUUCUCCCUGAUCGGAUCAUCAGAAUUAGAUGGAAUCACUCAAGGAAGUCCGAAACGACCUAGAAGCUCGGAAAUGAUUCAAUCUCCGACAUGUGUUCCAUCCAUACACAUGGAUAUCAAGCCGGGUGACUCAAAUGACGAGCAGAUUUCGAUGAAGUUUGGCAAUGAGAGGCAGGGUCGAGAUGGAUAUUCAUUCAUGGGAGGUCAAACAAACUUUAUCGGUGGAUUCGGACAAUACCCAAUUGGAGAUCUCGGAAGAUUUGACACAGAACAGUUCACACCAAGGUUUUCAGGAAACGGUGUUUCGCUCACUCUCGGCCUUCCGCAUUGCGAAAACCUAUCCUUAUCGGGUGCCCAUCAAAGCUAUCUCCCCAAUCAGAACAUUCGACGAGUAGAACUCGGCGAACCGAACGAAUUUGGAGGCAUAAACACAUCAAAUCCUCACUCAUCAUCUCCGUAUGAAAGCAUCAACAUUCAGAACAGAAAGAGGUUUGCAGCACAAUUGCUACCGGACUUUGUGGCGUGACGAGAAGGGGCAUGAUUGAUGAAAAGAAAUGUUUCAGGAUCUCUUUCGCACUAUUUCCCGCCGUUUCGACCAUUAGUAGGGAGAAAAAGAUAAUGCAAUGGUGUAGUGUAAAGAAAGAAGAAAAGAAAUUUACAUAGUAUAGGUCUAUACAUUGGCAUAGAACCAUUUGAGUUCAUAGAUAGCAUAGGAUUUGAGAGUAUAUAAAUAUUUAUAUAUGGGUUGAGGACUGUAUAUUAAUUAUUUUUGUAAGUUUUGAAGAUGAACAUAUAGAUGGAUUGAUGUCAUAAGAAUUAAUUAUUGGGGUAUACUUAUAUAUUGAUUGUGGUGUCAAAUUUCUGUAUUUUAUCAAAUAAACACAAUCAUUGCUUCA